AUGAGCCCCACAAAGAUCCUAACCAUCGUCGGCAUCACCGGUAACCAAGGCUCCUCAGUCGCCCACCGAUUCCUCCAAGACCCAAACUACCAUAUCCGAGGCAUCACCCGGAAUCCGUCAUCCCCAGCAGCUCAAACCCUCGCCCAGAAAGGUAUCAAAAUUAUCCCCGCCGACCUAGACGAUGUUUCGAGCUUGAAAACAGCCUUCGCAGGCUCAACCCACAUCUUCAGCGUCACGAACUACUGGGAGCCAUUCUUCCGUACAGACUAUCGUCAACAGGCCGCACAACAGCGCAUCUCGUGUCGCCGAUACGCCUACGAUGUCGAGCGUCAGCAGGGACAAAACAUUGCCGACGCGGCAGCCUCAACAGUCGAUACCCUCGAUGAGAACGGCUUCAUCGCGUCAACGUUAAGCCACGCUCGCAAGGCUAGCAAAGGUGUUUUCCAAGAACUGUACCAUUUCGAUGCCAAAGCCGACAUAUUCCCAAACUAUGUGCAAGAAAAACAUCCCCGUCUCGCACAGAAGAUGUCCUGCGUCCAGACGGGUUUCUUCAUGACGAGUCACAAGCUAGUCCCAGAUGCAUAUUUUCACCAUGCAGAUGACGGUUCAUGUGAGAUGGCGUUCCCGACGGCGCCGCAUAGCCCGGUUCCUCAUUUCGAUGUCAAUGCGGACAUGGGCACAUUUGUGUACGCUGUUUCUCAAAUGCCGCCGCGGAAGAGGUAUCUGGCUGAAGGGACCACGUGUAGUUGGAGCGAGUAUUUGGCGCUAUGGAGUAAGGUUACUUCGAUGGAGGCUUCGUAUCGACAAAUUAGUUUGCAGGAAUUGAUUGAGGGGACCCCUGAUAAGGAGUUUGGUCGGGAGGUUGGUGAUAUGUUGCUUUAUUCGACUAGUCCCGGGUAUGAUGGUGGGGAUGAAAGGCUUUUGAGGGCUGUUGAUAUACGAAAGGCCGGAAUUGAAUGUCCCAUGACGACUUUGGAGGAGUUUAUGGAGAAAGAGGACUGGUCGGCGGUGUUGCAGAAGUUCGGCCCGGGGACUCAGUGA